AUGUUACAUAAUAAAAUAGUAUCCGAUAAUGAACUUUGCCAAAAAACAAAAAAAUCAAUAGAAAUAAAUAAUGAAGAGAAAAAAGUAAAAAAUAUAAAACCUACAAAAACAAAUAUUGCAAAGGAAGAUGAUGCAGAUUAUAUACAAAAAAAGAAAAGAAAAGAGAUAUUAAUGAAAUGUGAAGAACUGCAAAAAAAAGAACUUGAAGCUUUAAAAUUGAUUUAUGUACUAAAUGGAGAGUUGAAUAUCAAAAAUGAAAAUGAUAAAGAAAAGCAUACAAUAAUAUAUAUGCAAUUAAAUGAUCAAAAUAUUAAUGAUAAUAUAAUAAAUUUAACUUUUGAAUUACCAAAAGAUUAUCCUUUAAAUUCUUUUUUAAUAAUAAAUGUAUGCGUAAAAAAUUUUUCUCCUGAUACGAAUAAUUAUAUAAAUGAUCAAAUAUAUAAAUAUAUUCAAAAUUAUUUUGAACAAGAGUGCAUUUUAAAUAUAAUAUACAAAGUUAAUGAAUUAGUUGAAAAUAUACAAAAUAAAAAAGAAGUAAUUAUAGAUAAUAGCGAUUCUUCAUCAGAUGAAAAAAUAAGUAAAGACGAUAGAAAUUCACAUGAAAUAAAUAAUAUUCCAUUUUUAUAUUACAAAAUGCCUUAUUCACAUCAAAGUAAAGUAUUAGCUAGAAGAUUAUGUUACUCACAUCAUAUUCUUAGUUUAGUUAAAAGAUCUUAUAUUCUCAAAUGGGCAAAAGAAUUAAAUAUAGGAGGAUAUUCUAAAAUAGGAUAUCCCGGAAUAAUUAUUUGUGAAGGGCCAAAAGAAGAAGUGGAUUUUUAUAUUAACAGCUUAAAUAAAUUGAGGUGGAAACAUUUUGAUUGUAGAGGUAUGGAAGAUAUACAAUUAAAUGAAUAUGAAGAUAUAGAAGAAGCCCGAGUUUUACCUAAAUCUAUGUAUGAACUAGACUCUAAAGGAAUGAGUACCUUAUCAAAUAUAUGCACAGAAUGCGGAUUAAGAGAUCUCUUUCUAACGAGUAUGAAAAUAUAUAACACAAAUGGAAAAUAUGUAAAAAGUGAAAAAAGUAAAAAUUCAGAUAAAAAUAAUGAAGAAAUUUUAAAAAUAAAUCAUAAAGGAAAGAAAAAGAAGAAAAAAUGA